AUUCAAACAAAACCUUGCAUAGGCUGGUGCUGGAAAUAGCACAACUGCACAAGUCCUCAUGGGCUCAGGAGAAGGUGAGGAAGAAGAAGGCGCUGGCACCUACUUGGCUGCAAAAGGGCUUGCAGCCUCUCGGAAAAGCAAUGCCGUUUGCCUUUGGUGGUGGCAAUAUUGCUGAUGACAAGGGGCAAAGUUCCUGUUGGCAAAUGCAACAAGGGGCAUGGGCUUGAUCGGAUUUAGCGGCUACGGAAUGCUGGAGAGGCCAAGCACAUUUUGUGACUUGUGCCUGCCAGACGGUCUGGGCGCGUGAAUUGCUGUGCCAUGCAUUUACAGACUGGUUGGGCGGUCUUAAAGCGCCUGCAUAACUGCAGAGCAAGGACUGCAAAUGUAUGGAUGUGGCAAGGCCACAUAACACUCUCUGGCUGUCGAGAUGUCGUGGCCCAAGCUCUAUUGGGUUUGCUGCUGUGAUGAAGGAGACCGGCAUCAAUGGUUACCUGGGGUUUAUAUCUCUAAGCGCCACCAAGCUACCCGCAAUUUUCAACUGGAAGGUGACCAGAGUGGCCGCCAUCGAGGAGAGCUUACUCAAUCCCUGCAUGCCUGGCUGAUCAUCGACUGAGAGUCCAAUGGACCAAAGUAGGUCUUCAAUCAACGAUGCACUUUGGCAGGGUUCUUUGGUCUUUGAAGCAUCUGAGCAGCACUUUAGAUGCAAGCCUCCUACCCUAGUUUCUAGCGCCUGGCAGAUUGCUCUGUGUAGUUGCGUGCCGCUUCUCGAUGGAUGCGCAAGAUCUUAAAGCAAAGUUGCAUCGUUAUUUCUCGGCAGCUGCAUGUAACCGUAGCAGUACUCAUCUUGUAUAUGAGUCGCUGCUUGAACAGCAGAAUCAAUGCGUCACUCCUUCAAAGGCAAACGCUGAUACUGCAAGUGACCUCACAAGAUGAAGUGAGGGCACUUUGUCAUGACGUACAGUCUCGGCGCUGUAGCAUGUCGAUUCCGAGCUCAUGCAAUGGUUCGAGGCUACAUGUAGACACGACAGCCAUGUGUGGCGGUUUGCCCGAUUGCUCCUUAGCGGUGACAACCACAAGGGGGGCGACACAUGAUUCCGACUACAACAAGAACUGCGGCCUACAUUACCCCUAGUCUCCAUUAGCAUAAUUAGAGCUGUGUAGCUGGGACAACAAUUCACUUUUUAGCCUCAUUUUGGUAUCAUCGAACGGUGGUCCGAUCGUGAUAUGUAGGCCUCUACAUCAACCGUCGAUUUGGCUUCAAUUCGGAAUUACCUAAAUCUGGGGUUCACGAAAUAUAGCUAAACCGACCCGAGUUCGAUACUCAGUGUUAACCAUAUAAAACGGUACUUUAUUGGUUAAUACAAUGCUUGCCUCAUAGCUAGUCCGAUCUAGUAUGCGGUUAGUUAAGGGUUAUCAACAUCCAUACAACACACAUUGCUUGUACUUACCCGGUUGUAUGCUAGCACUCUUAGAACGCCUUUGCUACAAGAGAGCUUUCAACCAAGUCUUAGGUAUCUACUUGCAAGUGACCUUGAAGGAGAGGAAGGAGCCGCUUCUUUUGGAAGGGCUGCCCAUUGAAGUAAAGGUAUUGUCUCCGGUG